AUGGCCUCCGCCACCUCCAAGGGCACAAUCCUCGUCACGGGGGCAAACGGCGCGCUCGGCAGCGCCAUAGCAGAGCAGAUCGCCUCGAAACCCGAGUUCUCCGCCUAUCACGGGCUUUACACAGUCCGCGACACGACGAACGCGCCUGCUCUCACCUCAGCCCUUGCACAUGGUGCUGCGCAUGCAGACGAUGUGCUGGCCCUCGACCUGACGAAGCUCGACAACGUUCGCCAGGUGGCUGGGCAGAUCAACGCUCGCGUGGCCGCCGGCGAGAUUCCGCCCAUCCGCGCUCUCCUGCUCACCGCCGGCUUCCAGGACUUUGGCAAGCAGUCGUGGACAGACGAUGGUUUUGACACGACGUUCGCGGCAAACUAUCUCGGGCACUGGCUGCUUACAUUACUCCUCCUCAAGAGUAUGGAUAAGGACGCUGGGCGGAUUGUCCAGACUGGAAGCCAGAGCCACGAUCCCAAAGACCCACGAAACGCGCGUGGCAAAGCCUUUGAUGACCCGAAAUACCAGACCAUUGUGUCUGAUCCCGCCAGCUUUGAUGCGAUCACCAAGGGGACGUGGAGCCCCGCGACCGAGGACGCCUCCUUUCGGGGCGGAUUCCGGCGGUAUGGGGCCGCCAAGCUCUUCCUGACCAUGAUGCAGCACGAGCUGCAAGCGCGGAUGGACGCAGACCCGGCCCUGAGCAAGAUCUGCGUGCUGGGCGUCGACCCGGGCACCAUGAUCAGCGGCUUGCAGCGACUCGCUCCAUUCUUCAUCCGCGUGGUCAUCUUCAAGGUCAUCUACCCGCUGGUGCUGUGGCUGUACCCGGAUAAUGGACCUGUGAGGCCACCAAGCCGCUCGGCUGGCGACACCUUGGAGGCGGCAUUUGGAAACGGUGAGGGCGGCAGGCUGCCGAAGGACAAGUACUUCGAUGGUAGGACGCCGUUGGAGACGGGCGAGGAGUCCAGAGAUGCGGCCAAGAGGGAGAUGGUGUGGAAGGAGACCGUGAGGUUGACGGGCUUGAAGGAGGGUGAGACGGUUCUUGCCGACUGGCAGUAG